AUGCUUGCGGGCAAAGGAUACUCGUGGAAGGCCGCCCAGGCAAGACUGCCACCCUCGCGCCAGGUCCUACACACGGCGCGCAAUCCAAGAUUCCUGCUGUCUCUAGGUCUCCUGACAGCUGUUAUCUUGCUAUGGCGUUCUAUGGGCUCAGCCACCGGCGAACUACAGAGGUUCCACUGCUUCGGCCCCUCCAAACCACCCAUGCACAUGUCACCAAACGAGAACGAAGAAUGGCAUGCUCACUUGACUACACCCGUUGUAUUCAACCACCACAAGCCAAUCGAGGUCAAUGCUACCGACAUUCAGCACGUAAAUCUCAACUCAAUAAAAUCUACCCCGAAUGCAGUCAAGAAUAAGGAGCGCGUCUUGAUCCUUACCCCACUCCGCGAUGCGUCUUUCUAUCUGCCAAAGCACUUCGACCUUAUCGCCCAGUUGACAUACCCUCACGAUCUGAUUGAUUUGGCAUUUCUCGUUGGCGAUACCACAGACGAUACCGUGGCGGUACUGGCCAAGGAGCUGGAGAGGAUACAGAACAAUCCAGAGAUAGCGUUCAGGUCGACCAUGAUUGUCGAAAAGGAUUUUGGUGUAACUCUCUCUCAGAGUGUCGAGGACCGCCACGGCUUCGAGGCUCAGGGUCCGCGGCGGAAGGCGCUGGGCAGAGCGAGAAACUACCUACUCGCAACUGCCUUGAAGUCAGACCACAGCUGGGUCUACUGGAGAGAUGUGGACAUUGUCGACAGUCCGUCUAGGAUUAUCGAGGAUUUUGUUGCACACGACCGCGAUGUGCUUGUUCCCAAUAUCUGGUUCCACCGAUACAAGGAAGAAAAUGGCAAGAAGGUUGACAUUGAAGGACGAUUCGAUUACAACUCUUGGCAGGAAUCCCCUCAAGGUCUUAAACUUGCAGCUUCUCUGGACAAGAACGUUGUCCUUGCAGAAGGUUACAAGCAAUACCCCACCAACCGCAAGUACAUGGCCAAAAUGGGCGACUGGCGCAAAGACAAGGACGAGGAAAUACCCCUCGACGGUGUCGGUGGUGUCAACAUUAUCGUAAAGGCAGAUGUUCAUCGUUCUGGAAUCAACUUCCCUUGUUACGCCUUUGAGAACCAAGCGGAAACCGAAGGGUUUGCUAAAAUGGCACUCCGAGCGGGCUACGGUGUUUAUGGGUUGCCAAAUUAUGUCGUCUGGCAUAUUGACACGGAUGAGAAGCCUGGAAAUGCUUAG